AGCUCUCUUCCGGCGUCAUCGUCGGCGCGUCCCUCUCUCUCAUGGCACCUCCGAGGAUUCUACUGUGUGGAGAUCCCCUUGGGAACCUGAAUCAGCUCUUCAAACGUGUUUCAUCGGUUAACAAAUCAACCGGUCCAUUUGAUGCCUUAUUAUGUGUGGGUCAGUUCUUUCCGGAAUCGACCGAGCGAUUGGAGGAGCUGAAUGAGUACAUAGAAGGUCGGAAGAAUAUUCCGUUACCGACCUACUUCAUCGGUGAUUAUGGGGUUGGAGCCGCGAAGGUUUUAUCAGCUGCUGCAAAGGAGUCUUGUAAUCAAGGGUUUAAGAUGGAUGGCUUGAAGAUUCGCGAUAAUUUGUACUGGUUGAAAGGCAGUGGCAAGUUCACACUGAAUGGUUUGUCUGUGGCAUACUUGUCUGGUAGGCAAUCAUCAAGUGGUCUAAUUUAUGGAACGUACAAUCAAGAUGACGUUGAUGCUCUGCGGGCAUUAGCCGAGGAACCUGAAAUGAUAGACAUAUUCCUAACUAAUGAAUGGCCCAGUGGAAUCUUGAAUAGAGCUUCAACAUCUGAUAUUCCUCUGGGGAUAUCAGAUUCAGCUGGCAGUGAUGCCACAAUAUCAGAGAUAGUUGCAGAGAUUAAGCCCCGGUACCAUGUUGCAGGAGCUAAGGGAGUAUAUUAUGCUCGUGAACCGUAUAUGAAUGUUGAUGCUGUGCAUGUAACCCGUUUUGUAGGACUAGCCCCAGUAGGAAAUGCAUCUAAGCAGAAAUUUAUUCAUGCAAUUUCUCCCACUCCAGCAUCUACCAUGUCUUCUACUGAGAUAUCUACUAAGCCACCAAAUACUACUUCAUCUCCAUACACAUUUAUGGAAGGAGCAGCUGAUACCCAGGAAGCAGACAAAAGGUCUGCUGAAAGUCUUUCUGAUUCACAGUAUUGGCGAUAUGAUGUCUCCCAGAAACGACGAAAGGUUGGAGGUGGUGAUGGUGAUGGUGAUAAGUUGUGUUUUAAAUUUAUUUCUUCUGGUUCAUGCCCACGAGGAGAAAAAUGUCACUUUCGUCAUGAUAUGGAUGCAAGGGAACAAUCUAGGAGAGGUGUAUGUUUUGAAUUUUUGAAUAAAGGAAAAUGUGAAAGAGGUACAGAUUGCAGCUUUAAGCACAGUUUGCAGGAAGAAGGUGAUGUGAGAGCUGGAUCAGGGAGAACAAACUCAAGCAGAUCCAAAGAAUGUUGGUUUUGUCUAUCGAGUCCAAAUGUGGAGUCCCAUCUAAUCACCAGCGUUGGUGAGAACUGCUACUGUGCGCUUGCUAAAGGACCGUUGGUUCAAGAUCAUAUACUCAUAUUACCAAUUGAGCAUCUGCCAAACACACUCUCUUCACCUCCAGAAUGUGAAAUUGAGCUGGUUAGAUUUCAGAACAGUCUCAAAGCUUAUUUCAAGAACCAGAGAAAAGAAGUUGUUUUCUUUGAGUGGGUUUACAUAAGAGGAACUCAUGCUAAUCUACAGGCUAUCCCAAUUCCUUUAUCCAGAGCAUCUGCUGUUCAGGAUAUUUUCAAUUUAGCUGCAGAAAAGUUGGGAUUCAAGUUUAUGCUGUUAAAAAGCGACAAGAGUUCUGAUGGAAGGAAAUUGCUGCGGACUCAGUUUGAUGGAAAGUGCAGUUUAUUCUAUGUGGAACUUCCGGGGGGUACAAUAUUAUCACAUGCAGUUGAAGAGAAUGAGAAAUUUCCAGUGCAAUUUGGUCGUGAGGUUUUGGCAGGCUUGCUAAACAUGGCAGAUCGGGCCGAUUGGCGAAAUUGCAAGCUUAGCAAGGAAGAAGAAAUAAAAAUGGUGGAAAGAUUUAAGAGCGGUUUCGAAGAAUAUGAUCCGAACCGAUGAUUAAUGGAGGAGAUGGAACUGAUUUCCUGAAGAUUUUUAGGCCAAAAUCCUGGUAGAAUGGAGCUUUUCAACUCACUGUGUAUUAUGAGCAUAUUAAACCUUGCCAAAAGCUGUUUUACAUACUACACUUUGACAUCAAAUUUCUUGAAAAUGACUUAAUUUUUGAUUUGUUGAAAA